GUCACCUCUAGUUCUCCUUCCACUAGAUUUCUGGUUCCUAGCGCAAGACUAUAUUUCGAAUUGUCAUACGCCCUGUCGAACUUCAUAACCCUAAGGUCCGUCUUGUUGCCAAUUUUAUGUGGCGAAAUUAAUUAGUACGGCAAUGUACGAGAGAGAAAUGCCGGAAGAAAAAUAGAUAUUGAUUAAUCCGUUUUGUCUUAAAUUAUGGACCUUUGACCUUAAAAACUGUGCUUUAACCCAGUAACCACAAAAUUUAACAGACAACAUGGCACAGAAAGAACAGCAACGGUAUGCAAGAUGGUAUUUUGGUGGAUUGGCGUCUGCUGGCGCAUCUUGUGUGACCCACCCCCUUGAUCUGCUAAAAGUUCACCUUCAAACUCAACAGGGAAAAUUAUCUCUUCUGAGACUAACUUCAAAAAUUGUUAAAGAGCAGGGAGUUACAGCCCUUUAUAAUGGUUUAUCAGCAUCACUGUGCAGGCAGCUCACAUAUUCAACAGCAAGAUUUGGAAUUUAUGAGGUUUCCAAGCAAAUGGUUUCUAGCAAAGGAGAACCAGUUUCAUUUUUGACAAUGGUUGGUAUGGCAUCCCUUUCUGGAGCAGUUGGAGGAUUUGUUGGUGUUCCAGCCGACUUGGUUAAUGUAAGAAUGCAAAAUGAUGUUAAGCUACCCGUUGAAAGCAGAAGAAACUAUAAACAUGCAAUUGAUGGUUUGUGGCGAGUUUGGAGAGAAGAGGGCACUCGUCGCCUGUGGGGAGGUGCAAGUGUUGCCACAGGGAGAGCAGUGCUCAUGACAGUCGGACAGUUGUCGUUUUACGACCAAGUGAAGAUGUACCUAUUGGCCACUCCUUACUUUGAUGAUAAUGUCAUAACCCAUUUCACCGCAAGUCUUACAGCUGGUGCUGUUGCAACUACUCUAUGUCAACCACUUGAUGUCCUUAAAACAAGGGCAAUGAAUGCAAAACCAGGAGAAUUUUCGAACUUGUGGCACGUGGUAACAUACACAGCAAAGUUGGGACCCCUCGGAUUCUUCAAGGGAUACAUUCCAGCAUUUGUUCGCUUGGGCCCUCAAACCAUUCUAACGUUCAUGUUCCUAGAACAACUGAAGCUGAACUUUGGUUACUUGAAGUAAAACUUAAUCCUGCCAGCGAUGAAUGGGCUUUGCUUCAACAGUAGUUAUAUGGACUGAAUUAAUUUUCAUGCAAUAAUUUUGGUACCAUCAUAUGGUGCUUUUGUAGUACAGGGUAGUCCAGGUCUCAUGAUUGUUUGUUGUUUCCAUUUUUAAAAAUCAAACUUUUACGUGAGCCCAAAAAAUGCAUCAAAAGAAUUUUUUGGUGGCUUGUGUGAAACCUAGCACAUUUACUUUAAAGCACAUCUUCUGACCUUGGGCUGUAGUACUUCUAUGGAGAAUGAUCUGCUUGUCACAUGUUUAAGUUUGUCAUACUUUUUUUGUCUAUUCAAACAGUUUUGUAUUUAGUUUCCGGACCAAAUGAUCUCCCUUUAUAUUUUAUGUUCAUGUCUUUGUAUCUUUACAUUACAGAAUAAUUUUCUUUUUUGCUGUAAAAAAGUUACUAUUAACAACUUCUAGAAACAAUUUAUAUGAACUGACAGUGCCUUUUCUUUCAUUCAAUUUUGGAUGAUGGUUCGGUAUUAGUUUGGUAGUGCAGCAAAGCAAUGUCAUUGUCCGCGUAUUUGUAACCGUCCCUAUGUAUGCUGGAGGAUACAAAACAAAAUGAUAGAAGAUAAUAAACCAAGUUAGUUAGUUGAUGGUAAAAUUCUAUUCAGAGCUGACACAUAGAAUCAGUUGUUUGUACCAUUCAUAACACCCUGAAUAUUUAUUUUAGAACUAUGCUAUGCUAGAAGCUUAGGAGUUAGAAAGAGGGGGGAAAAAAGAGUCCUCACGCUUCCUUGAUUAGGUGCAUGCUUCUGGACUCUGUAAAUUCAUACUGCCAUAUUUUUUGAGAAGUUUAGCUGAAGUUUUUGUUGUGAUAAUUGCAUGAGUUACACUUGUUACCUCUGCUUUUCACAGCACUCGCAACUACCUUUUGUUGUGACUGUUAGUAGUUGUAUAUCAGUUGAGUAAGAUGUUCAUUUGUUGAGUUGUGACAGAAACAUCAGAACCGGUUAUUUUUCUUUGCAUUCUAAUCCUGACACUGCAGUUAUAAGAUUUUCCUCGAUUUGGCUGUUAUUGCCUCUGGGUUAAUGUUAAGUGUUAGUUUUAUUGAGCUCUGAUAACAAAAUGUGAUGGCUGUUAAAUUAUUUUAAUAACAAUUUAUAGAGUGUGCCUGUGUUUAUGAAGUAAGUGCCUUCAAUUUUUGUAACAAACGUUGGGCCCUUUUUAACUAACAUUCCAUGACUUCAUUUAGUGGGGACCAGGUGUUUCUUUUGCUUUUGUGAUAAAUAGGUGUGCUUGCUGUUUCCAGUGUCUAGUGGCUAAUCCGAAAUAGAAUGGCAAUUCUCUUUGCCAGUAAUAUAAGCCUUCCUAGAAAAUAUUGAACUGACAUGACAAAUUAGUCUCUGAAGUGCUGUGCAUUGUGCAUUUUAUUAAAGUUAAGGUAUAUGCGACUCUAAGGAAGCCAUAAAGACAUUUAAAUGUAUGACCAGUUGGUCUCUCAUUGACUUGGCUUCCUCUAGAAAUAUCCUACCAGUGUAGACAAUGCUGCAUUUUUUCUGUUUGAAUUCUUCUUGUUUUUGCUUUAGCUCUACAGCUUGUCAUCCUAUUUAGUUUCCAAUGUCUUUGAAUUGUUCGUCCUUGUCUUCAGCAAAGACAUUACCAAUGUUUGUAUUGGUCACAGGUGGUGAAGGUACUGAGAACUAGGGUAUAAUUUAAUGGAAAAUAUUUUGAAAGAAGACAACUGUUUUAAUUCAUUCAAUUUGUCUGAGUGUUAAGUUCUAGAGGAGGUCAAAAAACAUCUUGACCCAACCUUGCUUCUUUGUAAGGUUUUAAGUGGAAGGGUCACAUUUAUUUUUUACGCUUUGUUUGUUUAAAAAUCAAAACUGUUAAUCUAUUUUGAAUAAUGCUAUUUAUUAUUUGUUGACAAUACUAAGAAAUGAAUAAACCUGAAUUUUUUUCAGAACAAA